CACCUCAAUAAAAUAAGACAUUUUUUCAGCUAACUUAAUGGUAUCUAGCUAAUAAAAGUGGGAAAGGGGGAUUAGUCUAGUGGUAACUGCUAAGGUUGACUACUGAGUGAAUACCCGCAUGUUACCAAUCUACUCUGAUCGCGAAACACCUAAUCAUAUCUCAUCUGCUUCUCUCCGAGGAGUAGCAGCAGCACCACUACCAGAGGAAGCGUGAUCCAAUUCCAAUUUGCCAUCUUCAUUAACCUUAACCAAAACGCUCAGAAAUGGCGUUUUCAGUACUAUCAUCCUCUUCCCUUCUUUACCUCCCAUUGAAGCCCAGAAAGUUUAUCUUACCAAUUCGAUGUUCUUCACCACAGUCGAUUUCAACCCAAUCAAAGUCGACCCAAUUCGAUUUGAAGACGUAUUGGACGACCCUCAUAGCCGAGAUUGACCAAAAGCUCGACGAAGCGAUUCCGGUUAAGUACCCUGAACAGAUCUACCAUGCCAUGCGCUACUCCGUCCUCGCUAAGGGAGCCAAACGAUCUCCGCCUGUCAUGUGCGUCGCCUCCUGUGAACUCUUCGGCGCCGACCGCCUCGCCGCUUUCCCCACUGCUUGUGCCCUCGAAAUGGUACAUGCAGCUUCAUUGAUACAUGAUGAUCUUCCUUGUAUGGAUGAUGACCCCUCACGCCGAGGCCAGCCCUCCAACCACACAAUCUACGGCGUAGACAUGGCGAUUCUUGCUGGGGAUGCUCUCUUCCCGUUGGGAUUUCGCCACAUUGUCUCUAACACACCUUCCAACCUGGUACCCGAGCCCCGGGUCCUCCGCGUGAUCACUGAGAUUGCGCGAGCUGUUGGGUCUACAGGCAUGGCAGCUGGGCAGUUCCUUGACCUGGAGGGCGGGCCAAACUUCGUUGAAUUCGCGCAAGAAAAGAAAUUCGGUGAGAUGGGUGAGUGCUCGGCUGUAUGCGGGGCAUUACUAGCUGGUGCAGAGGAGGAUGAGAUAGAGAGACUGAGGAGGUAUGGUAGAGCUGUGGGGGUUUUGUAUCAGUUGGUUGAUGAUAUUCUGGAAGAGAAAUUAAAAUCCAAGAAUGGUGGGGUAGUGGAGAAGAAGAAAGGUAAGAGCUAUGUGGAAGUUUUUGGUGUUGAGAAGGCAAUGGAAGUAGCCGAAGAGCUUAGAGCUAAGGCCAAACUAGAGUUGGAUGGUUUUGAGAAAUAUGGUGAGUCUACUUUACCACUUUACAGCUUCGUGGAUUAUGCUGCUGAUAGAGGUUUUAAGAUUGGAGAUUCAAGUUCAUAGACACAUAAAUUUAAUAAUAAUUAUUAUUAUAAUUAGUCUUACGAAUCAUUUGAGAUUAAAGACUCAGUAUAAGAAGCUAGCCAAUAUCUCAUUUCUUCCUAAGAAAACAAAUAUACCGCUCGAUGUGAAUUUUCUUUA